AUGACGCUUGUGUUCCUCGGCAACUCCGCUCUGCGGCGAGUGUCCAAGUCUGUGGCUGACGUGAAGGCUCCGGCCGUCCGUAGGCUGCUGGAGUCGAUGGAGCAGGAAGUGCGCCUGGAGGCGGGCGUGGGCAUCGCGGCGCCGCAGCUCGCCCACAACCUGCGCAUGUUCCUGAUGAUCAAGAACAUGCCGGAGAACGAGGACGACCUGGACAAACUGGACUACCAGGAGGUGCUGAAUCCGGAGAUCGUGGCCAUGUCGGACUCGACCAAGCGCGACUUCGAAGGCUGCUUGAGCGUGCCCGGCUACCAGGGCAUCGUCAAGCGCGCUCAGGAGAUCCGAGUGCAGUACGAGGACGCUGAAGGCCGCAAGAUCCAGGAGACGCUGGUGGACUUCCCCGCCCGUGUCUUCCAGCACGAGCUCGACCACCUCAACGGUGUCAUGUACCUGGACCGCAUGGACCCCGGCAGUCUCAUUCACAACGAGGAGUUCGAGGCUAUGGAGUGGGUGGACAUCCAGAAGCUGCUGCUGCAGGGCCCGCCGAAGAUCCCGCCGCUCAUGGUCCCCAUGUCCACACAGACCUCUAGCGGUCGCCAAGCCAAGGGCAAAGGCAAGCACAAGAACAAGUUCUAGAGAGCGGCGGUGUCUAGUGCAUGUCCCGGAUCAAUUUGAUAAAAAGGUGUUACACG